UAAAUAACACGGAAACUAAUUUACUCAUCAAAUUUUUAUUCACCUGUUACUUUAUUAACUUAACAUUUCCGUCGAGGUAAUUUUAACCGUAACACCCACGUUUCACAUUACCAGCUCUUUUUUAGUAUUAUUCCCGGUUGAAUAUCAAAUAUGAUUCGUGUCGAAAAAAUACGCGAAUGGGAAAAGUAAUAUGACGGAGGGACUGAUACUUGAAACUAUAUCUCGUAUAUAUCUCUGUGUAUACCUUGAGGACGAGGUUGACGUCGAUGGAAUACAAUCGUUAACAGUAAAAGAACACAGUUAAAGUUGAGCCACGUACUUGUAGGCUACGAUAAUUAAUAUAAUCAUAAUUGUAAAUAAGCGUGAUUUAUGUAAAUAUCGAGUUAAUUUGUAGUUGCGAAAAACUUUCUCGUUUACUUGAAAAUCGAACGAAUUAUUAAUUACUACGGUGGAGUUUAAUUAGAUGACGGCAACAAAGCUGAAGUUCCAAGUGUUAAGCAGAACGAGGUUGUUAAAAAUGUUGCCGACUUGAACACCAAGCAGAACGAAGUAGUUAAAAAUGUGGCCGAUUUAAAUGUCAAGGAGGAAACAGUAAAGACCGAGGAGAGGGAUGCAUCACCAGAAUCAGAUAUGAAUUCAGCAAACUUUAAAAUUGCGGAGAAGUUCACCACGAUCUUUGGCGUAAUUGUCUCGUUGGUUGGCGCAUUUGUCCUUACCUCCUAAAAAAAAAAGAUCUUUUACAUUGAUCUCAUAAUCGAUGACCCUAAUUUUUAAUUUUCUUUUAUGGAAAUUGCGUCAAAAAUGUCCUGGGUAAAACAAACGAUAUUAAAAUCUUCGUCAUUUCUGAGUUUAUAAUUGCUGCUUUUUGUAAAUUUCGUUUUCUCCUUAUGAAGCUGUAAAUUUUUAAUUCUGAAUAUGAGAAAGUGUCUUAAAUGGUGCAAAAUUUUAUUAAGUUGUCAUACCAGAGAAACUCCUUUUUUCCCUAAUAUUUUUCCUACAUAUUUUUCGUUAGUAACAAGUUCCCGGAUAAGAAUGCUUUUUACAUAAGCAUGAAGAAUAAAGAGAAACAAAGUCCAUGGAUUAAAUAAUCGCCUUACUACAUUUAAACAUUUAAACUGAACGUUGAGAUAUUCUCGUAUUCCAUUUGUGUGUUUUUCUUCUGCAUUUUAUUUUUCUCCAAAUUUCAAGAUAUAUAAAGCAUGGAACAUUUCAAAACAUAAAAUAAAGAUAUAUAAACAGCAAUUGAUUGAUUUAAAAGAAUUGUAUUUUUAUUAUUUAUGCUAUGAUCAAAAUUGUGAAUUAUUUUAUAAAUAAAAAAGUGCUUUAAAACACGUUCUUUCAUUUCACGUAUUCUUGGUAAUAAACAGGUUUGAAAUAUGGUUUCAGAAAGUUUAAUAUAAUUUUUAAACUCUGGAUGAAAUCAAGUAAAACAGAAAGAAAAAUCUUAAUAUUAUGAUUGCAAUUAAAAAUGUAAUAUAUAUAAUUCUGUUUUCUAAAGCAAAUGUUUUUUAGUUUUAUUACCAACCAAUAAUUUAUAUUUAGUUGGGGAUUUCAAAAUACAAUAUAAAAAUAGAGGGAGAAAAAGUGAAUUGGAAUAAACUGAAAAAAUGUAUUUAUUUUCCAAUCAAACGUAUAAUUAAAUAAAUUGACACAAUAACCCAAUUACAUGAAAUUAAAAUGUAUAACGAGACUUUUCGUUUACAAUUCGUGUAUUGCAGCAAUAAUUUCUAAUUGACCUAGUAACGCACGCACAUAUUUGGUAGUAGUAGUGACAUUUAUUGCACCAUCCGUACAUUUCAAUGUUUCCGGACACAAUACAUGGUAUAAGCCUAAUAAGAGUAUGUAAAAUAUGUAAAAAAAACCAUAACACUAUUCGGAUAACGGACAUAUGUGUAACGCAACAUAACAGCGCUGUUGAAUUUCGAAAGCAUUCCAUUUUGAUGACUAUCAGGGUAAAAAACGAUGCACCACACGCAGCUACGUUACUUCCUGGUCUUAAAUUACGUAAUUAUUCGAUUUCAAGUUUCUAAAAUUCGUACGUUGCUUUCCUUAUCCAUUACUUUCCUUUCCUUUUUUUUCAAUUAUUGUAUCAUUUCGUUGGGUUUCAUAUCUUUUUCCGACGUAUUAACCAUUCGUUAAUUUGUAGAAAACCACAAAUUUCUAGGAUACUCUAAUUACUAUAUUUGUUUUAUUAAAUUAUAAAAAGAAUAUUGCUAGCUUCAAAUAUAUUAAAAAUAUUUUAUGAAAAUGAACGUUUGUAAAUGAAAUUUAAAGUAGUUUACAUCAGUAUUAAAAAUGUUUAAGAAUUUCUUUAGCAUGCGUUCGUAUGUUUUUUGCUUUACUGACCUUACAUUGAUGUUACUACUUGGUUGUAUAAGAAAAAUGAUCACCUUUGGUUUUUGUGCGACUUGACACUAUUUUCCUAGCUAUCACGAUAACUACACUGUAUUUUAUUCAAUAAAGAAUCUUUUCAAUAUCGUAGAACAUUACCAUUAUUAUAAUGAUUCUAAGAAAAAAGAAUAAUAUUUCAGUGACUACAACUUAAGUAAUAUUCAUAUAUGUUUUAUAAAUAACACAAUUAUACGUUAUUAAUCGUCUAUAAAUGUAACUUCCGACAUUUACAACAAGAAAAGCUUACAGCUAAUUAAUCAUUUCUAAUUUUUACUUGAAAACAAAUAAUUAGUAUACGUAGAUUGCGUGAUACUAACACUAUAACGAUAAAAUGAUAGAUCAGAAUAGAAUACUAAACAAAAUAUUGCGCUAAAAUAUAAUACGACAUACAAUAGGGAAAUAAAAUUUGAAGAACGUAGAUAGUAUAUGUAUUUUUAUAUAGUAUUAUUUAAAAAUAUUUUAAAAAAGAUAGUGAGAUAUAUUAUCGCGUAACGUUAAUUAUUCGGAGGAAAUACAUGUUUAUUGGAAUUCUGAAAAUUCGUCUGAAACGUGUACAAAGAGCAACGUCGAGAAUAAUGUCAAGAAAAGGAAGAAUAAUAAUAUUUUGUGUUUAUGUUUAUGUAUAUGAGUGUGAAAUAUAAGGAUAGUAUAGAUUUGACAUUUUUUAAGAAUAAAUUAGGGUUACUAUGUAAUUAACGUCGAUAAAUAUUUCUUCUAAUAUUCUGUUAUAACAUAUUGACAUACAAAUGCGUUAGAAAUGAUCUGUUAAUGGUAAUUAAUAAUGAAAAACCGUACAAUUCUUACUUACAAUGCUAUUGACAUCGUUUCAUUCGAUUACAUUUUCAAAAAACUUUUAAAAUAUAUCUGGGUUACUAAAUCAAAUUUCAACAGCCAUGAGAUAUUUAUUUUUAUAUUUUGUUACGCUUGUAAAUUCCGUGCUAGAUCUACAUAGGGCAAUCAGGUUUAUCAAGGCUUAAUAUGCAUUAGGUACGCUCAAAUUUUGAUAACAUAUGUCAACAAAUUCUGUAAGCAAUGUAAGAGAAAAAAGAGAUUUACUAUGUAGAUACAUAUUAAAGUAAGUAUAGGAAACAGAAAAAACUGGAAAAAGAGCUAGUCAGCCAACAUUACUACGUCCAAGAAAAUCUGGUUUGAUCGCAUAUUAAACUGUAUAUUCAGUUGAUUGCUGAAACUCAUUUGCAUAUUUCUGAAAAAACAACUGUUGCAUUAUUGUAUAGCGGAAAUUGUUUAUUCUAAGGGGUAACAAGAAAUGUUUAUAAAAAAAGAGGUAAAUUUUAUAAAAAAAAGGGAGGACUGAUUGAAUGUAUAAAAGAGUAUUUGUUAUUGAAGAAAAGAAUUAAUGCAUUUUUAAUACAUUGACGAGAAAACUAAAAAUUUCAAAGUGAACAAAGGGAAACUGAAGACGAAGACUAUAAAUUAUUUAAGAUAAAAAUAUUCAGUUUCAUGUCAAUGGAAUUACGCUUUCUCACUCUGUGAGUGACUUAAAAUUGCUUGUACUUUCAGGAGGAUUAAUUUGGUUUCCAAUAUUUAGUUAACAAAAUAAAUUUGCUUUACACCGAACGAAUCCACGGCGUUUGCAUUAAUUCAGGAGAAUUUAUCUAGGUAAUUGCACCGGAACUCCGUUUAUUCGAACGAAAUUUUAAAUAACGCCGGAUUAACUGACCUCGUGCCAAUUAAAUACCUUUAGUUUAGAAUAAAAGUUAAAAUAAAAAAUUAUAGUUCGUGGGAAUAAAUUCCUAUGAUAUUAAGAACGAAUAAACUCCUACUAUAUCAAUGCGUAACAUAAAAAUUAAAUAACAGAAGAAAUCGUUUAUUCAUUAUUUUAAUUUACACACAAAAGGAUUGAUUAAGUUACAACACAAAAGAAAUUAACCCGCUUCUCUAUUGAGAAAGUAACAAUUUGCACGUUCAUGGCUUUAGUCUAGGAGAAACGAUGUGUCACAAUCUAAUAUUAUUUCUUCUCCAACAAACAGAAUCUUAUUGAAUUUUCAUAACGAACGAAAGAAGAGGAUUUUUAAAUCUGAUACACUAAAUACCAAAAAUUGGAGGAUAAUUGAAAGUAUUUUUCUAUUUCCCUAACAGUAUAUCCAUCUUGCAGGACAUCCAAGUAUCGAUUGUGGUCGGCUUUUCUUCGUUCUGUGUGACUCGUGGAGAGAAAAGCGAGAGUGGGGCAUCACACGAUAUAAAGGAGAACCGGUCCAAGAGGUAAUCGUUCCCACUCCAUCGACCGUUCUCCAUCUCUUCGGUUCGCCACACGAGUAUCGUGCAUUUCUCUUUCCGUGUCCGGCCGUACUUGGUUAUCACCGUUGUCGUCGAUUGUUCUUCGUGAUUCCAUCGUACCGUUGUUUUCAGGAUCGACGUUUCGUCGCUAUUAGACAAGAUGUUGCUGAUUCAACCGACGGAGGAGAUGUCGAAGCAGAUUCGCGUGGAGCUGAACGAAAAUGUCGCGACACGUGACAAAGACGUCGAAGUCAUCAAAGAAUGGCUGAGCAAACAACCGCACUUACCUGAGUUCGAUGACGAUUACAGGCUAAUGACGUUUCUUCGUGGCUCCAAGUUUUCCUUGGAAAAGUGCAAGAAAAAGCUGGACAUGUAUUUUACAAUGAGAACCGCGAUCCCGGAGUUCUUCACUAACCGAGACAUCACCAGACCGGAAUUGAGAGAUAUUACCAAAAUUAUUCAGGUGCCUCCAUUGGCGGGUUUGACGGAAAACGGACGACGAGUAAUAAUUAUGCGAGGAAUCGACAAGGACUUACCAACUCCAAACGUAGCCGAAGUGAUGAAACUGGUUCUGAUGAUCGGCGAUGUGCGUCUGAAAGAAGAAUUAGUUGGUGUGGCUGGAGAUGUAUAUGUACUGGAUGCUAGUGUCGCGACGCCAGCCCACUUCGCAAAAUUCACACCAGCUAUCGUGAAAAAGUUCCUGGUCUGUGUUCAAGAAGCCUACCCGGUGAAGUUAAAGGAGGUGCAUGUAGUGAAUGUUAGCCCGCUGGUCGACACUAUCGUCAAUUUCGUGAAGCCAUUCAUUAAGGAGAAAAUUCGCAAUAGAAUCUUCAUGCACAGCGACAUGAAGACUUUGUACGAUUAUAUUCCCAGGGAGAUACUACCAACCGAAUACGGCGGCGAUGCUGGACCAGUUCAAGCAAUUCAUGAAACCUGGGUGAAGAAAUUAGAAGAAUACGGUCCUUGGUUCGCGGAGCAGGAGUCAGUGAAAGCAAACGAGGCGCUUCGGCCAGGAAAACCAAAGACUCACGAUGAUUUGUUCGGUUUGGAUGGAUCAUUCCGACAACUGGUGAUCGAUUAAACCAACAACUCAUCCAGUUGUCGACCCAUGACAACUUCACCAACUACCAUCCCGGUGCUAAUACGAAGAAAAUGAGUUCGAAGAAAGGGAGGAGACAAUAUGUGUAUCCACGUCAUGACGUUCAUCAACAAGAAACAUCAUGUUACUAAUAUGUAUAUUUUCGAUAUACAGUUUUCAAUUAUUUGUCUAUGCAUAUGUAUAUCGAAUCUCCUAAAAGAUUUUCCUGACUAGAAAUUGAUUCAUCAGAUGUUUGAUAGAUUUUGAUGGAUACACCGUCGUUCUAUUCUUGCACAAAUUCGACGGUGAAAAAUUAUUAAUAGGAAUUGAUUGAUCUAAUUGAGAGCUGAGUAUUAGUUAUAGUAGAAUAGAUGUGGUUCUUUGCAGUUGAAUAAGUUCUAUUUAAUAGAAUUUUUGUUUAUAUCGAUCUCGUACAUAAUGGAGAUAUACAUACAGUUAUCGAGCAGGUUGUAAAGCUUUAAAGUAAUGUUGAUGAUGCUUACAUUGCAUAUUUUUCUAUAUCUUUUUUCAUGUGAUGAAUAAAACAUUAUUUUAUUAGAUACAAAUGUUUCAAUAGUCCUUAAUUGCAGUAACUUUUUCAAGUAUACCGACUAUAUCAUAGAUUUAUUAUUUAUAAGGAAAUAUAUCUUUUUUAGAAAUAAUCAGAGAAUCAUUUAUCAUUAUAUUUAGAAAAUUGAAAAGAAGUACAUAUAAAUAGAUUAACAGGUGUGUCUGAAAUUUGCAAAAUUUCUUAUACAUUUGGAACAAAACAGAUUUAAUGUUUCAUCGAUCAUCAGUGAUGUAAAGGGGAAAGCGAUUUAUUAAGGGGAAAGCUGCAAUUAUCUUAAUAGUAAGAAUAGAAUAAUAUCAGACGGAGGAAAGUAAACAUUAAUUGAAAAGUUAAACAAAUCUUGGAGUAUAUCCAUGCUUUCACCUUUUCCUUCAUAUCUUCUUGAUUCUUUUUUGAAUUUAAGAUUAUCAAAUCAAUAAUUAUUUAUGAAUAUAAUAACUAC